AUGUCGACCGAAGCUGUCAAGGGUCGCUGUCAAAAAAGAUCAACUUCCGCUUUUACAACCGAUCUACGCAUCUCCUCAGGCCUUUGGUGUUCUUUUCCGGCUGUCAAUUGCAAGGAGGAGACAACCAUGGCUCCGAGAUACGAAAUGUGCGUCGGCCUGAACAAAGGCCACAAGACGACGAAGAUCAAGCAGCUACAGUACCGUGGUGACCGCAAAGUCAAGGGAAUCCGCCCGUCUCGUCUGAAGGGUAUCCAAACCAAGCACACGAAGUUCGUGCGCGAUCUGGUGCGUGAGGUUGUCGGCCAUGCCCCGUACGAGAAGCGCGGUAUGGAGUUGCUGAAGGUGUCCAAGGAUAAGCGUGCGCUCAAGUUCCUGAAACGACGUCUCGGCACGCAUAUUCGCGCCAAGAGGAAGCGCGAAGAGCUGUCCAACAUUUUGGCCCAUAUGCGCAAGGCGGCGCACAAGUAA